AAACAACAACCCAACCUAGAUUCGAUCCUGCUGCCGCCACGGAUCUUUUCCAGCACCCACGACGACGAUACAAGCUCCCCGAAGAGCACACCUGCUACGGGUUGCGAUAGAUUUUAUAGGCGACAUCGAGCCUUGACAAACGAAGGCGCUGCGGUCAUUGCGUUCCAGACGCUCGAGAUAACGUCAUUGAGAAUCGCUCUGCUCGAUAGACUAUAGCCCAACAUGUCUUCGAGAAAGAAGGUCCUCCUCAAGGUUAUUAUCCUUGGCGAUAGCGGUGUUGGCAAGACCAGCUUGAUGAACCAAUAUGUCAACAAGAAGUUCAGUGCGAGCUACAAGGCCACCAUCGGAGCUGAUUUCCUGACUCGAGAGGUUCUGGUUGAUGACCGACAAGUCACCAUGCAGCUGUGGGAUACCGCCGGCCAAGAACGAUUCCAAUCGCUGGGCGUGGCCUUUUAUCGAGGCGCUGACUGCUGUGUCCUCGUCUACGAUGUCAACAACGCCAAGAGCUUCGAGGCGUUGGACAGCUGGAGGGACGAGUUCCUCAUCCAGGCUUCUCCUCGAGACCCUCCAAACUUUCCCUUUGUUGUGCUAGGCAACAAGAUUGAUGUUGAGGAGAGCAAGCGAGUGAUUUCCAACAAGAGAGCCAUGACCUUUUGCCAGUCCAAGGGCGACAUCCCUUACUUUGAGACGAGUGCCAAGGAGGCCAUCAACAUUGACCAGGCUUUUGAGGUGAUUGCCCGAAACGCCCUCGCCCAAGAAGAGUCGGAGGAGUUUAGCGGCGACUUUGAUGACCCGAUUAACAUUCACAUCGAGAACGACCGUGACGGCUGCGCGUGCUAGAGGAGUACUAGAGUGUACGAUGCGAUACAGACAACACGGUUCGGAUUGGAUUCGAUGAGAAGGGGGACCGGCUCAGGAGGAGGGAAAUGUGUCUCGUGUGUGGUGGAGGCAGCAUUACUUGACUGAAUGUAUCAUACUGAGGCCGAUGGUUUUCCUUUUUUUCUUGUUGGUGUUCAUGCAUGGAUGCGACUUUUUUUCUGUCUGCUUUUUUAUGCUCUGAUUGGUAGUUGUGAGGUCAACAUGGACGAUUGAGUUGUCGACAGAUGGCUUAUCUAUCAUAUUGAACUGUUGUCCUC